CCAUUUACUGUAGGGCUGAUUCAGUUCAGCGAGUGGCUGAUUCAUUUACUGUAAGAUUGAUUCAGUGUAGGACUGAUUCAGUUCAGCGGGUGACUGAUUUAUUUACUGUAAGAUUGAUUCAGUGUAGGACUGAUUCAGUUCAGCGGGUGACUGAUUUCUUUACUGUAAGAUUGAUUCAGUGUAGGACUGAUUCAGUUCAGCGGGUGACUGAUUUGUUUACUGUUGGCCUGAUUCAGUUGAGCGGGUGACUGAUCUAUUACUGUAGGACUGAUUCAGUUAGGGACUGAGUCGACUCACUGACCUGACAGGUGAGUGAGUGGAAGAGAGGACCAGACCCUCUCCACCAGGGCUCGACGGCGGCGUCCACCCGAGCCCCCAUCCCUGGGCCACGCUGGGAUCGAUGACAGGGAGAGGAUCUGCUGCUCUCCAUCCACCAGCUAACACCCCUGCCAGCUGCACAGAGAAGCACGGUGAGGGUCCGUGGGCCGCAGCGAUGCUGUCCCUGGACGAGCCCCUGGACCUCAAGCUCCCUCGGAGGGGGAGCGGGCGGGACAGGGGGGCGCGGACCCCGCCCAUCUCCCCGCUGCACGCCAAGCGAGCGCGGCAGCUGCGCAUGGCGGAGGACGGCACCGCCGUCAUCGUGCCCGCCUCCCCGCACACAGGUGCGGCGGUGGUCCCCCAGGAGAGAACGGAGACCCCCACUCCCCCCGCCGUCGACCUCAGCAUGUCCCCCUCCUCCCGCCACGCCCCCAGCUCCCCUGAGAUGGCCAACGGGGUCUCCCACAUCUUCUCAGGGGAGUCUCACAUCCGCUACGUUGAGGGCGGGGCCUCCUCGCAGGCCUUUCAGUUCUUCGUUCCGAUUGGUGGCGGGACGGGGCUCCACCUGCCGUCCUCCAUGUUCAUUGGCCAGCCCAGUGACAAGCGGGCCUCUCCCGAUCUCUCAGCGGACGAACAGCUGGCCUGUCACUGGAAGAAGUGCCAUCUCCUCUUUGACUCGUUGCAGGACCUGGUGGACCACGUCAACGACUUCCACGUCAAGCCUGAAAAGGAUUCUGGGUACUGUUGCCACUGGCAGGGCUGCGCUCGUAAGGGGAGGGGCUUCAACGCCAGGUACAAGAUGCUGAUCCACAUCCGCACACACACCAAUGAGAAGCCCCACCGAUGUCCGAUCUGCAACAAGAGCUUCUCACGCCUGGAAAACCUCAAGAUACACAACCGCUCACACACAGGGGAAAAGCCCUACAUCUGUCCGUACGAGGGCUGCAGCAAGCGCUACUCCAACUCGAGUGACCGCUUCAAGCACACGCGCACGCACUACGUGGACAAGCCCUACUACUGCAAGAUGUCUGGCUGCCUGAAGCGCUACACGGACCCCAGCUCCCUCCGCAAGCACAUCAAGGCCCACGGCCACUUUGUGGCCCAGGAGCAGGGCUCCCCGGGCGGGGUGGGCUCCCUGCUCAAGGGGGGUCCCAUGGGGGCUCUGCUUGGGGGAGGGAAGGAGUCGGAGCUGUCCUACGUGAGCGGGGCUCACAUCAUCAUCCCGGGGGCGGCCGCCGCCCUCCUGGGGGGCCACGGGCUCCAUGGCCUGGGUGGGGGCUCCCUCGGGGGCUCCCUCUCCCCCCUCAGCCCCCCCAGGCCCCUGGACCUCAGCACGCUGGGCUGCCCCAGCUCCCCUCCGGCCGGCCUGGGAGGCUCCACCUCCGUCCUCUCCUUCGGCGGGUCCUCCCUGAGCCUGGCCAAGUCCUCCUUGCUCUCCCCUGCCUUCCCCUCUGCAGCCCUGGGCCUGCCCAUGGUGCCCCUGCUGGGGUCCCAGAGCGAGCGGUACCGCCACCACCACCACCACCACCAUCACCACCACGCCAAGGGGAAGGGGGGGCGAGGCGGGGGCGAGGACGAGCUUCCCCGGGGGGUUUUGAACCUCUCCGCCACAGGGGCCCCCCAUGACCCUCUGUCCUGGGUGGUCAUCCCCCCUGGCACGGUGGUGCUGAAGCCAGCUGUGGUCAACUGACACACACACACACAUUCCAGAGGAGCUCAGGGGUGGGGGGCAGGGGUCAAAGGUGAGGGGUCAGCCAGAUCGAUUAUAAACAGGCCACGCAUUUCUGAGAGGAGCUGAGGAAAAAAGGUAGAACAUUGGAAAAGAAAAAGAGACUAAUCAGCCAAUCAAACUAAAGUGGUUCAUAUAAUUUGGUAGGAAACACAAACUUAAGGCAAGCUCGAAGAAUCCCUUUUAUGUAGAACAUUUGUGGACCAACAGCUCCUUUUAGAAAUAUAUUCCGGUUGUUUAUGAAAUGCACCAAUGACCCUCUCAGCCUAUCUUCUACGUUUUUACCUUUAUUUGACUUCCUCAUUCCAACCGUCUUUGUGGACAGUCCACAAGCUAAAACACCAGUCUCGAGGCUCUGAGCUCUUGCUAAAGCCCUUUUUCACAAUUGUGUAUUUAUAAAAGACUGUGUCCUUGUUCUAACACCGUGCUUUGUAGCUUAGCAGUGGGAUAGACACACCAAGGAACUAGCUAACGACGCACCCACGGCUAGGCUAACACCAGCACGCGCUAACUUCCUCGCUACUUAGGCUGUCAGCCUGUUUACUGACAGCGCGCUGGGAACGAUUUUCGGACGAACUCGCUCCGUCGGAGCGAAUGAAGUCACUUGGCUUAGUCUGGCCGCACCUCGCCACUCGUGACAGUAGGGCGGCGCUGUUGAGUAACAUAUGCCGGGCAGUGUGCCAUUCGGAACGACCUCUUCUUCAUGGGGGACAUUAGCAAACAGCACUGUUAGUGUACCUGGAACUUCACAACUGCUGCUAACCUCCCUGCUCCUCCAGCCAAACUAAGGCACUUUGAUAUUUUUGACAAUCUAUCCCACCCUGGGGAGGCAACUAUGUACUAGACCAGUGUACUAGUUAGUGUUCUAGGCUUGUAGACCAAGGGGCUUUAGUUAAUGGCUCAGCGGUCUUAGGGACAACCGACAAAGGUGUUAAGUACACACCUAGCAAUGACCAACUCUCACUUAUUUUCUUAUGUCGACCGUUUAUAGCACAGGUGUGUUUGGCGCCCCCUGGUGGUAGCAUGUGACACUACGUCAUGUCUGCUUCUAACUAGCAUAGCUCCGCGCAGGCUACCCCCUCGCCUUAUCCAAUCCUGUGAGGCCGCUACCAGUCAACAAGGACCAACGUUACCCUAGUUUCUUGACCAUUCCACAAAAACAACAGUGACCAAAAGGUGGCGAGCUGUUCAGCCAACACUCUGAACUCUGAACAUUCUGGACAGCGUUCCUUGGCAUAAACUCCACAGUCGUUUUGUCCUAGUUUCAACAGCUCUAGCUUUGUGCUAAAAAUACCCAGCCUUGGGAGGGCAGGCACCGACUAGCGUACAGGACAGGAGGGAAUUGGGCAGGGGGGGGGGCGGGGGUCAGAGUAACUCACUGUUGUAAAGCUAGUUGGAUCAGGAAAGGUUUCAACACUUAGCAAACUGCCUCACAGGCCUCGAAGCACAGAGGUCACCAAAAUACUGACCUGGUGUAACUUCUGGAACAUAUUCAUCGUUUUGUUAUUCCGUCAACAGGCACUUACCCGUACCCUCAAACGUCUUAUUUUAUGUUUCGCAAAAACAAGUUACUGCCAAUAUGAGGCUUUUUUUUUUUUUUUCGUAAUUUUUUUUACUCCCUUGUUUCUGUACGCAAUUCCACUCAGGCCUGUAAGAGCCACCUAUCCUGUGGGGGUCCUCACAGGCCUGCUUCUCCCAUACAUAACGUGUGUAGAAGAUGACUGGGCAGAGAAGAGGUGGAGCACCACAACACAAGGAACAUUCCCUCAAGAGACUGACACCCCCACCUCUCUUACAACUCUGCUCUUCCCCGUCUCACUUUGAGGGUCUGAACUUUUAACAUGAGACCGUAUGUCCAUUUCCCUCCCCCUUGAGAAUAAUCACAAUUAUUGCUGUUUUCUUAGUCCUACUUCAUGUCGUUGUUGUUUGUUGAGACGAGACAUUUCCCAAUGUUGAAGUUGCUUUUGUUUCCUUGUUGUCUGCGAUGGCUGCUUUGUACUCAGCAUUCUCCUGCCCGGCGCCACAUGGGGAGGGGACAGUGAAGGAGACAGGGGAGGGGACAGGGGACACAUUUGCUUCUUGCUUAUGGGGCGGAAUGGGGACAGAAGGUACUCGUCAUUUAAAACACAAACCGAUGUCCCUCGAUGACAAUCACACAGCUAGACGAGGGUUAUUUACAGUCGCUCAGCCUCACCCAUGCACAUGGACCUGCGUCAUAGCAGCCCCGCAGCACGACCGGUAGCGUUCAUCCGCAGUCGCAUACGCUAGCCAGCUAAACGGAAGCCCCCCGGGUCACAAACGGCUGAACCGCACACCAGUAUUUACAUCCUUGCGCAUACGCGUCGACCUCACUGUCGAGAUUCAAAGAUGGUUUACCGCCCAGAGGGAACAGGAGAGGGAGAGACAGGGAGGGGAAGAGAAAGACACACACACGCACAGUGAAAGGAGUGAUUGAUUGGCAAAUGAAUGAACAGGAGAGAUAGAGGGAGUGAGGGAGAGACAGAGGGAGAGGGCAUUCCGCCAGGGGUACAGGCGGACGCACAGUGUGGAGUGCCCCUCCAUCUGCCCACCCUCCCACCCAACGGGCCUCCCGUCUCUGAAGUCAGCGACCGCUCUGUGCCCACGGCAGUGGCGGCGGACCGCAUGCGUGCCAGCCCGGGGAAACUAGGCCACUGAACUCCUUCUGCCCCCUGGGUUUAUUUGAGCUUAAUAAACCCUUGAACUCCUUGAAGGCUGAACUCCCUCACUCCCUCACCACAAAGCUUUUUUUUUUACCGUAGCUGAGGAAACAUACACAGACAGCAAACAAACACAAAUAUAAUCCUCUCGGCCUAAAGAGGUUUGGGGAUUUUGUAGGCGUGGGUCCGAGUGAUUUGUCGUGCCGUAACGUGCCAGCCGCAGACGGGUGUAGGGAGGAUUUGGGGAUGUGCCGCAUAGUUGUGUUGCUGCCUAGUUGGGUCUUAAUCAGUGCUCUUACACUCAGGAAACACGGCCUCACACGCAAAGGUUCUCUCGGUCUUGUCACACAUACAACCACCACACAAACGUCCUCUGGCUCCCCUCGCGCACAUACAGCAUCGACACACAUUUUCUAUCUCCCUGUCGCGCACACACAUAGACGUUAUUCCUCUGGUCGCUAUGUGAGCUGUCCUUGGGCUCCAGAAGAGAAUCCCUCCGUGUGAGUGGACAAUCGUGGCUCGUGAUGUCAUCCACGACAGGUGUUAAGCAGGCUAGGUUACCCCGGCAACAGUGAAUAACCCACAGACAUGGCUCUCUCCUUCCCAGCACCAAGCCCUCCCUCCCUCCUUCCCUCCCUCUCCCCCUCCCUCCCUCCCUUUCCCUCCCUCUC